CCCGCGCCCGCCGCUCCGCUCCGCUCCCCGCCUCGCCGCCCGCAGCGGCGCCUCCCCGGAGAUGGUCAACGACCGCUGGAAGACCAUGGGCAGCGCUUCCCAACUUGAGGACCGGCCGCGCGACAAGCCGCAGCGGCCGAGCUGCGGCUACGUCCUGUGCACCGUGCUGCUGUCCCUGGCUGUGCUGCUGGCCGUGGCUGUCACCAGCGCCGUGCUCCUGUUGAACCAUGUCCACAUGCCAGGCACGGCGCCCCCACCCGUCGUGAGCACGGGGCCGGCGGGGGCCAACAGCGCCCUGGUCACCGUGGAGAGGGCAGACAGCUCACACCUCAGCAUCCUCAUCGACCCACGCUGCCCGGACCUCGCCGACGGCUUCACGCGCCUGGAGGGAGCCCAGGCCUCCGUGCUGCGGGCGCUGGCUGAGCACCGAGCCCAGUUGUCACCCGACGGAGCCCAGGAGCAGGAGCUGCUGGACACCAUGGCCGACCAGCUGUCGCGGCUGCUGGCCCGGGCCUCAGAGCUCCAGGCGGAGUGUGCCGGGCUGCGCAAGGGCCACGGUGCGCUGGGGCAGGGGCUCAGCGCCCUGCAGAGCGAGCAGAGUCGCCUGGUCCAGCUUCUCUCUGAGAGCCAAGGCCACAUGGCGCACCUGGUGAACUCCGUCGGCGACAUCCUGGACGCCCUGCAGAGGGACCGGGGGCUGGGCCGGCCCCACCUCAAGGCCGAUCUCCAGAGGGCGCCUUCCAGGGGCGCCCGGCCGCGGGGCUGUGCCAACGGCUCUCGGCCCCGUGACUGCCUGGACGUCCUCCUGAGUGGACAGCAGGAUGACGGCGUCUACUCGGUCUUCCCCACCCACUACCCCGCCGGCUUCCAGGUCUACUGCGACAUGCGCACCGACGGCGGCGGCUGGACGGUGUUCCAGCGCCGUGAGGACGGCUCGGUGAACUUCUUCCGGGGCUGGGACGCGUACCGGGAGGGCUUCGGCAAGCUCACAGGGGAGCACUGGCUAGGGCUCAAGAGGAUCCACGCUCUGACCACGCAGGCUGCCUACGAGCUGCACGUGGACCUGGAGGACUUCGACAAUGGCACGGCCUUUGCCCACUACGGGAGCUUCGGGGUGGGCUUAUUCUCAGUGGAUCCCGAGGAGGAUGGGUACCCACUCACCGUGGCCGAGUACUCGGGCACCGCAGGGUCGCCUCUCCGCACCCGUGCAGGCGACUCCCUCCUGAAGCACAGCGGCAUGAGGUUCACCACCAAGGACCGAGACGGCGACCACUCGGACAACAACUGCGCUACCUUCUACCGCGGUGCCUGGUGGUACCGCAACUGCCACACGUCCAACCUGAAUGGGCAGUACCUGCGCGGCGCGCACGCCUCCUACGCCGACGGCGUCGAGUGGUCCUCCUGGACUGGCUGGCAGUACUCGCUCAAGUUCUCCGAGAUGAAGAUCCGGCCGGUCCGAGAGGACCGCUAGACCGGCACCGUCCAGCCCACACCCCCCUGGCCGAGACCUGUGCCCGCGCCCCUGACCCCACACCCGCACCCUGGGCCCACUGCCACGAGGACACUGCCCGCCCUGUGCAUGGCUGACCC